AUGGCGUAGUGUUUUUCAGAGUCGUGUUUAUUUAAACCAAAAUAAUGAUUUCUAUACGAGAAAACCCGUUCCAAUGUGAUAAAAAACAUAGUGUUUAUUGUAAAAUAUCAUGAUUAGUACCUAUUAUAUCGUUUCAAUUGGAAGUGACCAUUAAAAUGGACAAGAAAAAUGCAAUUCGAAGAGGGAAACGUCCCUCUAAAGUGCUCGAAGAAAAUUAUUGGGAUUGCAGCGUUUGCACGUACAGAAAUAAUGCUGAAGCAUUUAAAUGUUCCAUGUGUGACGUUAGAAAGGGUACCUCGACACGAAAGCCUCGAAUUAACCCAGCGAUGGUGGCGGCACAGGCGGCUGGCACGGCGCCCACUAGCUCGCAGAAGAGACCAAGGUCAGCAAACUCGCUCAAGAAGAAAAGACGUCAGCCACGACUUAACAAUGUCGAUAGAAGCUCUGCACAGACUAGAGAGGUAACGGUAAGCGGUGUGACCGUAGUAAUAACAGAAUAUAAGCCGAAGAAGUCAGUUUCGGCCAGCUCGAGUGACGUGGAAUCCUCCAAUGAUGCACGCCCAUGAUCUCUGUUCUUCAAUACAGAUGCCGCCAAACUUGAUUCGAUUUUUAAAUCAAGGAAUCAACCAAGGAAUUUUAAUUCCCACGACAGGCUCUGCUCUUUUAAUUGUCCGAUAAUGUUUAAUGGGUCUUUGUGAUAGACAUAUAUAUAUGUAUGACAAUUUUAAUCGUUUUAAUAUGUCGUAAUUAUACUUUUACUAGCUUUAUAUAAAAUCUAGCAUUUCUGUCAAUUAAAAAGCCGAGGGAUUCCAUAAUUCAAUACCAUUAAUCAUAUCAGCGCCUCAAUGGAAUGUGAAACUCAUACCUAGAUGAUGACGUCAUCGCAAACGAUGUGACGUCAUCGUCAGGUGCGUGACCGUGAUAAAUGUCAGGAUUGUUUUGUAAGAGUAAGUUUGGCGGAAUUUGUAUUUAGUCUUUGCAUUUCAUAAAGACCUCUAAAUGUUGAUAAUUUUAUUUACAGUUCUUUAUGUAAUGCUUAAUUAUAAUUAAUUUAUUCUAUUGGCAUUGUAUGUUUACAAUGAAUACUGUAUCUAGGACAGGGAGCGUUCAAGUAUUACGUAACGCAAUUUUUGGAGAAUAUUGAGUCCCCCUCCCCCAUGAAAAACGUUACGGCGUACUGUUACUGUACCCAAGUAUAGUAAAACGUUUCGUGACCACCUAGUGACUCUUCAGUUACUAUUAUGUGGUGUAAGUCGAAAAUAAUAUUAACAAUAACGUGUAAUUCAAUCCCCGCCCCGCAUCGUAACGUGACAAAAUGACAAAAAAAUUCAUUUCGUAAUACUUGUACGCUCCCACACUUGUGAAUAUAUCUAUCUAUCAUUUUGUAUAUGUUUCGUAUUUUUUCGUAAUUUGUUUUAGCAAUUUUAUUCGUCAUUGAGUCGGAUAAGUUUGAUGUUUUAUAUUUCUUACGUAAGGUUUCGUUGUAACCUCACAAAGCCAAUACAAUAGCAUUUAAAUUUAAGGCUUUAAUUUAUUUUAAAAUCACAUUAUUUAUUAAUUAGUAUUAGAAAUCAUCGUAUUGUAUUAUGUUUAAAUAUGACUGAAUAUGUAUUUCAACAUAUGUUACAUUUAGUAGAACUUGUACAUAAAUGUGUGUUUUAUAAUAAUUUUAUUUACAAUUUCAUUAAACAUCACAAUUGCUUGUAACGAUUCAAUCGUUUUAGACCAACAACGUUCUAUGACCACUAAAAACAGUCGUACUAGGAAUAGAUAGUGUCAAGAACUAUAAAGUAAAGUCGGAAAUCAAAAAAGACUGCGUAUAACACCGGCUCAAGCAAGUUAUCUCAGAAUAUUUUUAAAUACCCAUAGUCAUGCGAAAAUAAAUGAUUGAAAAGCUCUUAGGCGCGAAUUUUAUUUAUUAAUUAAAUGAAAUUAAGCGUCAUAUUAAGAUAAUCCAAUCAAUAUUCUAAUUAAAUUUGCAGAAAAUUAAAAAUACGCACAAAUGGUCGCAAAUGAAAAUUUGAUAUGUUGAACCUCUGUCGUGGCGAAUAUUUAUGUCAAGAGAGUUAAAUUACGUAAAUUAUAAAAUUAGCUCUUUUUAUUAAAGAAAUGGCCGCUAGCGAUUGAUUGCUGUGUUGCACCGAGCGUCCUAGAAAUAGCUUGUGUCUGAAGGCAUUGUUUUCGAUUUUUGUAACUUUGAUUCGUAUCAAACUAAAUGUACUAAAUUCUGAGGUAAUAUUUGCUAUGGACUGUAGUAAUUUUGUAUGUAUUCUCCUUUGGUUAAUAUAGAUAAGUAAAGAAUGUAUAUAAGAAAAAGGACCAGCGGGGUCACUGCCAAGAAGAUGUAUAUAGCGGGAAGAGUAUAAAUAGUUGGGAUAUCAGAUGUCAAUUUAAAAAAGGAUAUGCUCAUUCUGACGUAUAUAAGAAACGUACAUACAAUAAAUGUUAUUCUAAACAAGAAUAUUUUGAAUGCACUUUCAAUUCUAUGUACCGAAGAUACACAACGAAGGUGUUGUAGAUAAUAAUAAAUCAUAAAAAAACUUAUUAUCAACAGCGAAAAAAAAAUCUACAUCGGAAAUAUUUUUAAUUAUACAGACUGAAAAAUGUGAUCGUUGUAAGUCCGAAGAAGCACCAUUUGUGUGUGAAAAUAACCGUAUCUAAAAUCAUAACUUGGAUAUUAAUACAAUGGCACAAAAGUUUUAUCAACAAUAAAUUAAUGAUCACUUUACUUUCAUAAUUUUUCGUAAAUUUAAGAUUAAUUUUAUUUGUUACCAAUCACGGUUUAAGUAUUUAUUUAUAGUUUGUAAUUUAGUGUUUAAGUUGGUGUUGCUAUAAUAUCUGCUCCAUCUUAUUUCCGUAUUAGGAUUUUUAGAUUUAGCUAAACAAAAUAUGAUUCGGAGCUAAUUCUGGUGUACACAAAGUAGAGUUAAUAGGAUGUUCAUAAAUGCUUUAAGUAGAUUUCGGAUUCAGACACGUCAAUGUUAUGUUGUACCUAAAUAUAUGUAUUAUAAAUACAUAUUGUACCGACUGCUAUACAUCCGAUUUGGCAUCAAAGUUCUGAUGUAACUAAAUUAAUUUUGGUGGAAUCGGUUCGUUUUUUAAACUCGUAACGUCUUGCCUUUUUUUCAAAUGUUUUUUACAUAUUUGACAAGAUGUUUAUUAUUAUGUUUUAAUUUUACAUAUAUGUACUUUUGUUUACACUGUAUAUUAAGCAUGCGUAAAGUACUCGAAAGUUAGAUUAGGAAUUCACAAUAUUUUUAUACCAAUGCAUAAUAUAGUGAUUCGAAUGACACCAAUUUAUAUGAAAACAAUAUAUUUUAUACAAUGGUAAAUUUCGCGUAAAAUCUGAAAUGUAUAAUGCCACAAACAGUACACACUAAAUCUUAAUGAAAACUUUCGUCGAUUGAUGUGUGGCUUCAUAGUUUUUAGUAUGGAAAUUUUAUUAACAAUACAAAACGUCACAAUGACAUAAUAUUUUUGUUAAUUUUUUGGCCUCGCUAAUUAUUAAUAUGUAAAUGUGGUAAAUGUUAAUUAUUUUUAAGGAUUUCAUGUAUUGUACUGUAUAUAAAGGAUGUGAUUACUGAA